UGAGCUUAGUCUCUCCUUUGAGAAGUCUAUCCCAUUGCUAAAAUUUAAGGGGCAUAGGAAGCAUAAAAGGAAGGAAAGAAUGCUGCAUAUCAACAAAAAUUACAAAAGAGUUAUCAGUCCUAAGCUUCAACAAAGUGAGGAGAUAGAGGAGCCUGCGUCUGUGCUGCUUAAGAAAGCCUCAAGUCCAACGAACAAGACUUUCAGGAUCAAAAAUAGAGCUAACAAAUUCAACAGAUGGUGUAAAAAUUUCAUCUUCAUGCCGAACUCCACGAUCGACCAGAAAAAUUUGAUGAAAGUUAGCUCUUUUAAUGAGAAACCAAGGAUGGAGCAUGGGCCUUUCUCACCAAAUGUGAUCAGGAAAGGCAUGACAAAGCUGAUAGAUUUCUCAAGUAACAAAACUAUUCAAAAUUUGCAGCCACUGUCACCAAAAUUGAACUAUUUUCAAAACAUUCGGAUGAAUUUGAUUAACAAGGGAAAAUUGCAGGGAUGUUUUAACAAUACUUCACGAGUAGUAUCUCCUCUUGAGUCAAAUAGGAUUACUAAAAUCACUUCGCCUGACAAUACUUAUCAUCCAAAGGUUAACCUAAGGACAAGGAAUGCUCAAGGAUGUCUGCGGGUAAAAAAGAGUAAGAUUCAGUCAGGAUGCUCCAGAAAUAACAGAGGGCUCAAAGAUAGUCUAUUAUUCUGAUCUCUGUAAUAAUCU